AUGGCGGCCAGCUCGGAUCGGAAUCCACCUCCUUUCCCCGCAACAGAGGAGCCUGAGCCCGGACUCCCUGACAUGGCAGACGGCGACAGCGACGAGGGAGAGGACAUAUUCGUCAGUAACAGUAACCCGGUUUCUGUGAGCCGAGGAGUUUCUCAGCCGGACCGAGUCAACGACGAGCCUCCAGACCUGUUCGGUGAGGAGGAGGAGGCCGGCAGCACCACGGCCAAGUCCAACGGAGUUCACUCUGAUGAUGACAACGACCUGUUUGCUGAGGCUCACGUGGAGCUCAGCACAGACAAGUCAGGCAGCUCGGCUAGGAAGGAUCUUUCUGCCUCCUCUGGCCCUCGACCUGCCUCCACCUUCACUCAGAGCCCUGCAGCCAUGCAGCCCACCUCCCUGGAGCAGUUGGAGGAAGAAGAGGCCAAGGACAGUUUUGACGUGGAUGUUGCCGUCACCAACCCUGAGAAAGUUGGAGAUGGCAUGAAUGCAUAUGUGGCCUACAAAGUAUCCACCAGGACUUCCUUAACCAUGUUCAGGAGUAAGACCUUCUCUGUGAGGAGGCGUUUCAGUGACUUCCUGGGUCUUUAUGAAAAGCUGUCGGUCAAGCAGUCGCUUCAUGGCUGCAUCAUUCCACUGCCACCUGAGAAAAGUGUCGUAGGAAUGACAAAAGUGAAGGUUGGGAUGGACGACCCAUCAUCAGUGGAGUUUGUGGAGAGAAGAAGAGCAGCUCUGGAGAGGUAUCUUCAGAGGGUGGUGUCUCACCCAUCGCUACUACAAGAUCCUGACGUCCGUGAGUUCUUGGAGCGAGACGAUCUACCCAGAGCGGUGAACACUCAGGCACUGAGUGGAGCUGGUUUCCUCAAAAUGAUCAAUAAGGCAUCAGAUGCUGUCAACAAGAUGACCAUCAAGAUGAAUGAGUCUGACACUUGGUUUGAGGACAAGUUCCAGGAGGUGGAGACCGAGGACCAACAGCUGAGGAAGCUUCACGCUGUGGUCGACUCCCUCGUCAAUCACCGGAAGGAGCUGUGUGGGAACACGGCAGUGUUUGCCAAAAGCAUGGCCAUGCUGGGAAACUCUGAGGACAACACAGCCCUGUCGCGGGCCCUGUCCCAGCUGGCAGAGGUGGAGGACAAGAUGGAGCAGCUGCAUCAGGAGCAGGCAGCCAGUGACUUCUUCAUUUUUGCAGAGCUGCUUGCUGACUACAUCCGCCUGCUGGGUGCUGUGAGGGGAUGUUUUGACCAGCGCAUGCGGGCGUGGCAACGAUGGCAGGAGGCUCAGAGCACACUCCAGAAGAAGAGGGAGGCCGAAGCCAAGCUGCUGUGGGCCAACAAACCCGAGAAGCUGCAGCAGGCCAAGGAGGAGAUCACUGAGUGGGAGGCGAGAGUCACUCAGUACGAGAGAGAUUUUGACAGGAUUGGUAUGACUGUACGCAAAGAGGUUCUCAGGUUUGAGAAAGAAAAAGCCAAGGACUUCAAGAGCCAGAUAAUCAAAUAUUUGGAGGCAAUGCUGCAGUCUCAACAACGGCUUGUAAAGUUUUGGGAGGCAUUCCUGCCUGAGGCAAAGGCAAUAGCUUAAUGAAGAGGGAGAAGUUUUAAAGACCCCAACUGCCUUUUUUGAACACUUUACCUCUUUACCAGGAUCUGAGAGGACAAUUUUGAAACACACGAGAAACUUCCAUCCAUUUUCUUUCUUUCUUUUUUUUUCUGUUCUGUUGUCUUUUUAAUUAGAGUGUAUUCUCUUAUCUUGUACAGGUCUUUGAUAUAAUAAGCUGCCACAUUUACAUGACGUUUCUCUGGAAUAAUUCCUUGUUUAUGUUGUUGAGGUAAAGAUGGUAUAAAGAAAGAACCCAGCAGAGAUUAACCUGGCCGUAGUAUUUGUAAAACUCACUGUCUCGUCAGUGAGGUUAUAUAUUUAUGUGUCUUGCUUCAACCAGUAUAUUAAGGUGUUAACACUGAGGUACUGCCCUAAAGUAACAUUGUCUAUAGUUUACAUUAGAAGAUAGACGUAUGUAAGUCAUUCCACUCUAACAGAUUUUGUUGAUGGAUGCAUGUCAAAUAAUGUUUUGAUGCACUAAAAUGCAUUGUACAGUUGGAGAAGCUGUUUUUUUUCCUUUGUUUUUCUAAAAUGAAACACCACUAUUGAUGACUGAGGUCAUUUUCCAGGAGUAUUAGCACAUUGUUGCGGUGAAUAUUUGAUCAUAGAAGUCGCUGAGUUGACAGUUACAGGUUUGUCGGAGCUGUUACAAAAUGACUGUAUGGUUACAGUGAGUGCAGGUUGACAAAUCGCUCGUUUGUUGGUGUUUUUUACGAUGAAGUACUCAGAUUUAUUGUGUUCAGAGAGGUGGAGGCCCAGAGGAGCUCAUCUGGAACUGCCGCAGAGAAUGUUUACGACCCGUGUAAAUGACAUCUACGUAUGUACACAUGUACAGUACUUGAAUUGAAUCAUACGACUGUCAGAUAUUAUUCGUAACCGUACUUCUUUCUUUUUUUUUGAUAAAUUGGUUUACCAAUGACAGAAAGGCACAGACAUUCAAGUGAUAUGGUCCCUUAUUUUCUUAAUCAGCAUUUGUAAGUGUAGUUUUUCUGUCAUGUCAUAUUUACGUAAGAAUGUGCUUUAUUUUUGUAACCACUUUGCAUUAGCACACACAUUUUCCUGGAAACGCUAUACAGGUAGAUGUACAAAAUAAAUGAUGAUUGGUUAAAAUUUG